AUGGCUACCAACGUGGAUGCCAAACUGCUAAGGCAGACAAAAUUUCCACCGGAAUUCAGCAAGAAAGUGGACAUGAAAAAAGUGAACAUCGAGGUCAUGAAGAAAUGGAUUGCGGGAAAGCUAUCAGAACUGCUUGGCGAUGAAGAUGAUGUUAUAAUUGAGCUUUGUUUCAACUUGUUGGAAAGCUCACGUUUUCCCGAUAUCAAAGCCCUCCAGAUUCAGUUAACCGGUUUUCUCGACAAAGAUACAGCCAAGUUCUGCCAGGAAUUGUGGAACCUAUGUCUUAGUGCUCAAUCCAGCCCCCAAGGUGUUCCCAAGGAGCUACUAGAGGCGAAAAAGCUAGAGCUGAGGCAGGAAAAGCUGGACAAAGAAAGGGCUGCCGAGGAAGCGCGUCGGCGCAAGGAACAAGAACGCACCCGCGAGAGAGAAUUAGAGAGCAUCAGACAGAGAGAAAGAGCCGAUCGAACCCGUGGUUUCCGCGAUUAUAGAGGAGGACGGGAUUAUGACCGCAGAGAUGCCCGGUCGCCUCGGCGUCGCAGCCCUGACCGGCGCGGUGGUGCACCUUCGCGCCGAGAGUUUGAUUCCUACGUACCGAGAGGCGGUCGACGUGAUCGCCGGAAUUCGAGUUCAGUAUCUCGCUCAUCGUCUUUUUCCAGAUCCCCCCCUGGCCGCUCAUACCGCUCAGAUCAACGCAACAGGAGACGGCCACGAUCCAUUACCAGGUCACGGUCUCCAGAAGGAAGGGGAUAUGCAAGGAACAAGCGCCGAAGCUCGGCAUACGGUGAUGAACGAGAAAGAUCUGCUGCCCGCAAUGAUUCGUCACGCUCACCUAGUCCCAGAAGAUCCCGCCGACGCUAUUCGUCCGUCUCUUCCCGCAGUCCGUCACGUUCUCCUGCGCCACGAGCUCGCAGAAGAAAUUCUUCUUCACCAGUGUCUCGCUCGAGGUCUCGACAACCGGCUAACAGGAACCGUAGGAGGCGGUCGUCUUCUCGUCAAUCGGAAGAACCAAAAAUAAGUAAUAAUGCUGCUACAAAAAGCCGAUCGUCCAGAGACAACCGCCGAUUGAGUCGUAGCCCUUCGUCUAGGCGCUCCCGGUCUCGCAGUAUCGUCUCUAAACGCAGUGCUUCCCGCAGCCCUAGUCCCCGAGGUGACAGGAAACGACGUCGUUCACUAGAGCGGUGGGCUCCAGCGGCCAGACGGCGACGCAACGAUUCACCGGACUCUCCAAGCUCAGAGAAACACGCAACUUCUGCGGAGGCAGAGGAUGUCAAGAUGCAGGAAGACACUGAAGUAAGUACUACUUGA